AGUUGUUAAUGAAUAUUUUCCGGUAGUAUUACUUGGCAAUAAAAUGUUUUUGUUUUACAUGAUUAUCAGUUGUGAUCAACAUCAUCAUUUCCAUUAUAUUCACUCGACUGUCAGGGACAAAUUUGUAGUGUGAAUUACUUGAAAUUUAUCAAACAUAAAAUUGCGAGUAAUUUUAAAAUUACAAUUAAUAAUAAAAUGAAUAAUACUUAUCACGUACAUCAAGCAAAUACAAAUAAAGUUAAGUCUGGAGAAGAACCACCGCCUUCAUAUGAUCAGCUUCAAUUUUUAGGACGUAUAAAUUAUCCUCAAGAUGUUGGAGGCAAUAUUCAACCAACCAUCAGCUCAACUGUUCCAACAUCAAUUCAAAUAACUGGAGAUAUAAAUCAUCAUGAAAGUGAAAAUACAUUGGCUAAUCAAACAGCUCUGUGCUUGAUAAAUUGGGUUGUUGCUGUUUCACUUUGUUUAAUUUUCAUGAUUAUCUAUGGUGCCUUCAAUAUGUUCAAGUACAUACGUUCUGAAAAUUAUCAUUUACAAAAUCAAUAUGACACAUCAAAAUAAAUUUAAUAAUAAUUUUUUUUUAAAUAUAAAAGUAAUUUAUUUAAACAAAAAAAAAUAUAUACCUAUAUUAUUUACUAAAAA